AACGGGCCAACCUAAUGUCUAAAUCAUUCUUCUAAUCCUCCGUGCGACGGCUGAUCGGUAAACCUGCUCAAUAUUCGUGGGCCAUGGGACUCUACAUCUAUUUCCAAUGGCUAUCCAUGAUCCUCACUUUCUUGCUCGACCUCAUCUCUGCAUUUGACAAUCCGGUUCCAAGGGAGGAAAAUACUUUUGCAUUUCAUCUUUUUCCUUUUCUCUUGUUUUUUCUAUGGGGAGGACAUGGCAUGGCGUCUGUUUAUUUGUCCGUUUCUUUCAUUCUUUGUGUUACUUUGGCUCACCUCUUCAAUUUCACACCAGGGGACACACUGCGGUCCUGUGAUCUUUUUGUAUCUGUGCCAGUUCCCUGGUGGAUUUCCGUCGUGCAUGGAUCUGUAGCCAGAAGGAUCACUAUUGUAUAAUAUACAUACCGUUACAAUAUAGCCUGCACCAACCAUAGAGGUUGGGGAGCGCGUUCCAUCAGCA